AUGUUUAGAGAAGCUACUAUCCUUAAGCUGUGUACCUCAGUAACUGUGUCAUGGAUUAGACGUAAUCUGGCCACGUCUUCACGGUCUCCACGUAUUGCUGUUGUUGGAGCCGGACCGGCUGGCCUCUACGUUUGCGCAGGAGUACUUCGCCGAUUACCGCAAUGUUAUAUUGAUGUUUAUGAAAGCAAUAUGGUGCCAUAUGGUUUAGCUCGAUAUGGAAUAGCGCCAGAUCAUCCUGAAAUGAAAAACUGCUUAGCACAUUUUGACAGACUGUUUGUCGAGAAUCAAGAUAGACUGAAAUUAUUUUGCAACGUUUACAUUGGUCGAGAUAUCAAAUUUGACGAACUUUGUUCGGAUUAUGACGCUGUGGUACUAGCAUACGGUGCACGACGUCAAAGACGAUUAAAAAUCCCCGGAAUCGAUGCGACAAAUGUUUUUUCGGGUGGCGACUUUGUAUUUUGGUAUAAUGGGAUGUCUGGUACCAAAGCGCCGCUCUUGAACUGCAGAGAAGCGGUUAUCAUUGGUAACGGUAACGUAGCGUUAGAUUGUUCACGUGUGAUACUUUCAGCCGGAACGGAUCGGUUGCUGAAGACCGAUAUCCCAGCACCAAUAUUACAAACUCUUUCGCGUUCUGAAAUACGUCAUGUAACCAUUGUUGGUCGAAGAGGUCUACUUGAUGUUUCAUUCACCAUAAAAGAGUUACGGGAACAAAUUACACUAUCGAAUUGCUCAUUUUCUGUAGAAAUUGAAAAUUUUGACCUGCUUGCUGUAAAAGAAGCACAAGGUACAUUGUCAAGACCAAAGAAGCGUAUUUCUGAGCUGAUUUUAAAUAAUAGUCAUUUGGAUAAACCGAUGUCCGAUCGUCAUUGCCAAUUGCUGUUUCGUAGAACACCAACAAAGGUUUUGACGGACAGUCGUGGAAUGGUCAAAGCACUACAGGUAACUCACUCAUUGACCGGUCAUAAAGAAGAUCUUCCAUGCGGUCUUCUACUCUACUGUAUUGGAUUCGAAAAUGUUGCUCUAGAUGGGUUACCAGUGAAUAAAGAUGGUGAAAUUAAAAUGCUUGAUGCCAUUCGUGUAGCAACGGAAGAAGAAAUCUUAGUCUAUGCCUCGGGUUGGUGCGCACAUACGCCUCGAGGAAUUAUUGCGCAUACACAAAUGAAUGCCAGCAAUGUAGCUGAACGACUUAGUUUCGAUUUGCAAAAGUAUGGUUUGAAAGAAGCACAAAUUACGGGUUCGUAUCAACGGUUACUAUCACGGAAUGUAGAGUUUUUGACGUGGAAUGAUUGGAAGAAAAUUGAUGAGGAAGAAAAGAGAUUAGGCGUCGCACGUGGAAAGGAACGAGAGAAGUUGCUGAGUUUUAAAGAUCUUGUCUCUUCUUGA